AUGAAAGGACAGGUUGCGGCUUGUGGUAGAGUAACGACUAUGGUUAGAGAAAAUAUGAUGAAACUUUUACAUGAUUCUAAAGCGAAGAGAAAUGAUUCUAAGAGAAGGAAAGAAGAAUUUGAAGAACGAUUAAGAGGAGAUGAUGAAGAUAAAGAUGAAGAUGUGAAUACUCUUGUUGAUGAUCAAUUAAGAUAUGCAACACAAGAAAGCCUUAGAUCACAUCGAGAAUGGGAAAAUAUGCAGCAAUUCAGAAGAGAAACAAGAGCUUCUAAAAAUGUAUUUGAACAUGGUGGAAGCUCUCGUGCAAGUGUUAGUGGAGGUGAAAGGCUAGAAGAUAUAUCUUUUUCUUUGAGAUCUACUAAUAUUGAUCUUGUUAGGAGCAAAAGUAUGAAGCAACCAAGAGCUGGUAAAGGCUUUUUGAAGACUUGGAGAAAAAGACUUGGAGAGGUUGUAAGUAAAUUUAUAAUUUACAAGCGUUUUCCAAUGAAUUUAUCUAACUCUCCUUGGUUUCAUAAUUUGAUUUAUACUGCUUCUGAGGUGGGAAAAGCCAAAUGCCCAACUCCUUAUGAAAUCUCAAAUGUUUAUUUGGAAGCUGAAUAUAAGGAAAUGUUGGAGUGGAUAAAUGGUAUGAAAAAAAUUUGGCAAGAAAGAGGAGCAACAAUAAUGUGUGAUGGUUGGACAGACAGUAUCAACCAUACUUAUAUUAUGAAUUUCUUGGUAUAUUGUCAUAAGGUUGUGGAAGAAGUGGGUGGAGAUUGUGUAGUUCAAGUAGUAACAGACAAUGAAGCCGCAUUAAAAGCAGCUGGUCAAAAGCUAAUGGAGAAGAGGCCACAUUUAUAUUGGUCUUCUUGUGCAGCUCAUUGUUUAGAUCUUUGCUUAGAGGAUAUAGGAAAAAGGAAAAGCAUACACAAUUUAUUAAGUGAAGCAAAAAUGGUGACAACAUUCAUCUAUAACCACACGUAUAUUGUGAGUCUCAUGAAAAAAUAUGCUGGUGGUAGAAAUAUUGUUCGUCCUGGUGUUACCCGAUUUGCAACACAAUUUCUAUAA